AAUCAAAAUCCAAUCUCAACUUCAAAUCCAAAACCAAACCCAACAAAUCAAAACCCCCAAAAAAAUCUUCUCAAAUUCACAAAAAUGUCAAACCCCAACACAAGCAACUCACUCCAUUACCAAAACUCUGGCUCUCUAUGAAAAAUCUCCAUCACAUCUCUUGUUGUAAACAGGUUGAAUCAGUGAUUGACCCAUCGUGUGAACUGUGAAGGUCACGUUGGGAGCUUGCCACUCUUUUGAUUCACGAUCUCAUCCAAACAGAUGAGAGAAAGAGGAGAGUUUUGGAAUAGAAUAAAAAAUAGAACCACGUUAUAAGCCGUUUGGGUUUAAGGACUGAAGUGGUCAGUUUUUAAAUCUUUUGGACUUGAUUGGUAUUAUGUCAAACCUCAGGGUAUGUUUGUGAAAUUUACCCAAAUAUUUAAAGUAGCAUUUCAGGAUUUCUCGAACUUUGCUUUGGGUGUUUGUUUCUCAUGGAGUGGUUACGUUUGUUGUUGUUGAUGUUAUCAAUAUACACGUGUCAUGUACUACAAUUCAAAUGGGUUUCGGUGUCUGUGUCGGCGUCGAAGCUAACUGAGUUGACUCGUGAGUUGUUGGAGUCGGCGAGGGAGGCCGAGUUCUCGGAUUGGUUGAGAAGGGUUCGGAGGAGAAUCCACCAAAACCCAGAGUUGGCUUUUGAGGAGUUCGAAACGAGUCAACUCAUUAGAUCGGAGCUGGACUCGCUUGGGAUUGAGUACACGUGGCCUCUUGCCAAGACUGGCCUUGUUGCUUCUGUUGGGUCCAACUCCCAGCUUCAACCUUGGUUCGCUCUACGGGCAGACAUGGAUGCCCUCCCUAUUCAGGAAUUGGUAGAAUGGGAGUACAAGAGCAAGAACCCUGGCAAAAUGCAUGCUUGUGGCCAUGAUGUUCAUGUAACAAUGCUGCUCGGAGCUGCUAAGUUACUUAAGCAAAGAAGCAGUGAAUUGCAGGGCACCAUUAAGCUUGUUUUUCAACCUGGAGAAGAGGGUCAUGCUGGGGCCUUUUAUAUGUUAAAAGAGGGAGCACUUGAUAAGGUUAACGCCAUUUUUGGAUUACAUGUUUUACCAGAAAUGCCCACUGGUACCAUUGGUUCGAGACCUGGUCCAAUGCUUGCUGGCUCUGGCAGGUUUGUAGCCAUAAUUCGAGGGAAGGGUGGGCAUGCUGCAAAUCCCCAUGUAACUAGAGAUCCUGUUCUUACAGCAUCAUUGGCUAUCAUUUCACUCCAACAGAUUAUUUCCCGAGAAACAGAUCCUCUAGAGGCCAUGGUGAUCUCUGUUGGGUUCAUUGAGGGUGGCCAAGCAGGGAAUGUAAUCCCAGAGACGGUGAGAUUUGGAGGCACAUUCCGGAGCAUGAGUACAGAAGGUCUAUCCUACCUUAUGCAAAGAAUUAAAGAGGUCAUUGAGACGCAAGCAGCAGUGCAACAAUGCAAUGCUACAAUAGACUUCUUGGAGGAUAAAUUGAAGCCUUAUCCUGCAACUGUUAAUGAUCAAGCAAUGUACAAACAUGCAAAAAGGGUUGGAGAAAGCUUGCUUGGGGAACCCAAUGUCCAACUUAUUCCAAUGACUAUGGGAGCAGAAGACUUCAGCUUCUACUCACAGAAGAUUCCAGCUGCAUUUUUCAUGAUUGGGGUGAAUAAUGAAACGCUGAAAUCAAAUAAAAAUUUGCACUCACCCUACUUAGUUAUUGAUGAGGAGGUUCUUCCCAUUGGAGCAGCUCUCCAUGCUGCUGUGGCCAUUUCUUACUUGGAUGGCCAUCUUGUUGAGACCAGUUAGAGACUUGGGCAUGUUGGACCAGCAACAAUGGAAAACCAUAGAGCAAAAUAAUGUGUUAUUCAAAUUUUAUCUGAUUCACCAAAGAGACAAGAAAGAUCACGAAUAUACAAUGUAAUAAACCCUGAAAUUCUGUCCACUUACAGUUGUACUUGUUCAUGGCUUGUACAGAAAGAAAAUCUCAAUUCUCAACAGACUUGUUUGGGAAAUUGCCUUCUGAGUAAUGAUAUUGUUCUGAUAUGUC